AUGUGGGACAAAGUGAACCGAGCGGCCGAGGAGUUUUACUCGCGCCUACUGCAGGAAUUUAAUGAAGAAAAGAAAGGAAUCUGUAAAGACCCAUUUAUCUAUGAGGCUGAUGUCCAGGUGCAGUUGAUCAGCAAAAGUCAGCUAAAUCCUUUGAAAAAUAUUCUAAAUGAAAAUGACACAGUAUUCAUUGCGGAAAAAGUGCCUUUAGAAAAGGAAGAAACAAGUCAGAUCGAAGAACUUCAAUCUGAAGAAACUGCUGUUUCUGAUUUCUCUACUGGUGAAAAUAUUGGACCAUUUGCUUUACCAGUUGGGAGAGCAAGGCAGUUAAUUGGACUUUACACCAUGGCUCACAAUCCUAAUAUGACCCAUUUGAAGAUUAAUCUGCCAGUUACUGCCCUUCCCCCCCUUUGGGUAAGGUGUGACAGUUUAGAUCCAGAAAAUACCUGUUGGCUGGGAGCUGAGCUUAUCACAACAAAUGACAGCAUUACAGGAAUUGUCUUAUAUGUAGUUAGCUGUAAAGCUGAUAAAAAUUAUUCUGUGAAUCUUGAAAGCCUGAAAACUUCACAUAAGAACAGACAUCACUUGUCUACCGUAACAUCUAGAGGCUAUGCCCAGUAUGAGCUCUUUAAGUCCACGGCUUUGGAUGAUACAGUUGUUGCAUCACAAACUAUGAUCACUUUGGAUGUUUCCUGGAGUCCUGUUGAUGAGAUUCUUCAAAUCCCUCCACUCUCUUCAACUGCAACUCUGAAUAUUAAAGUGGAAUCAGGAGAUCCCAGAGGUCCGUUGAAUCAUCUCCACAGAGAACUGAAAUUCCUCCUUGUCUUGGCUGAUGGUUUGAGGAUUGGUGUGACUGAAUGGCUCGAGCCUCUGGAAACAAAAUCUGCUGUUGAACUUGUGCAGGAAUUUCUGAAUGAUUUAAAUAAGCUGGAUGGAUUUGGUGAUUCUACAAAAAAAGACACAGAGUUGGAGACAGUGAAGCAUGACACUGUUGCAGUUGAUCGUUCAGUCAAGCGUCUCUUUAAAGUACGGAGUGAUCUUGAUUUUGCUGAGCAACUAUGGUGCAAAAUGAGCAGUAGUGUGAUUUCAUAUCAGGACUUGGUAAAGUGUUUCACAUUGAUCAUCCAGAGUCUACAACGUGGUGACAUCCAGCCAUGGCUCCAUAGUGGGAGUAACAGUUUACUAAGUAAGCUCAUUCAUCAGUCUUAUCAUGGAACUAUGGACACAGUUUCUCUCAGUGGAACUCUUCCAGUUCAAAUGCUUUUGGAAAUUGGUUUGGACAAACUAAAGAAAGAUUAUAUUAGUUUUUUCAUAGGUCAGGAACUUGCAUCUUUGAAUCAUUUGGAAUACUUCAUUUCUCCAUCAGUAGAUGUACAAGAACAGGUUUAUCGUGUUCAAAAACUCCACCAUAUUCUAGAAAUAUUAGUUAGUUGCAUGCCUUUUAUUAAAUCUCAACAUGAGCUCCUCUUUUCUUUAACACAAAUCUGCAUAAAAUAUUAUAAACAAAAUCCUCUUGAUGAACAACACAUUUUCCAGCUGCCAGUCAGACCACCUGCUAUAAAAAACUUAUAUCAAAGUGAGAAGCCACAGAAAUGGAGAGUGGAAAUAAAUAGUGGUCAAAAGAAGGUUAAGACAGUUUGGCAACUGAGUGACAGCUCACCUGUAGAUCAUCUGAAUUUUCACAAAACUGACUUUUCCGAAUUAACACUAAACGGUAGCCUGGAAGAAAGGAUGUCCUUUACUAACUUGGUUACCUGCAGCCAGGUGCAUUUCAAGUGAAGGAUGGUGGUGGAGUCCUCUGUAAGG